AUAUGGCGUCAAUAGUCGUACCGAUUGGCUACAGCGGUAGCAGCUGUGGAUAUUGUGGUGAAGCUGGACAACGUUCGAAGAAGAAGGAAAGCUACAGCUAUGGUUUCUGGGCUGUACAAUUGAGUUGCAAGGAUUAUAAAGAUUUGAUAGACAGUGGAUGGAGAAGAAGUGGUGCUUACGUUUAUAAUCCAGAUAGAUCACGUACCUGUUGUCCUCAAUACACAAUCAAAUUGGAUGUACAAAACUUCAAAACUCCUCGAACACAGCGACAAGAAUUGCAUAGAUUCAAUAGGUGGAUAAUCAAAGAUGAACAUCCUGUAUUCAAAGGAGAGCAUAAGGGUACUGCUAAGAGUGAUGAUACAGGUGAAAAUAUGGAUAUUGAGAUUCCAAGUAAACCUGAUAUCGCUUCGGCCGUUGAUUUCAAGAAAUUGGAGGAGGUAACAGACAGCACACAAGGGGAUGGUAAAGGUCAGGAUCCUGUCACAGUUUCCAAACACCGUGGUAGCAAAUCAAAAGGGAAGAAUAACACGUUUGAUUUACUAGAUUGUGUUCAGGAAGCACAGAACAAUGGCGACGCUAAACAUAAACUUGAGGUAACGAUUGAACGCGCAUCAUACACGGAGGAAAAAUACGAGCUUUUCAAGAAGUAUCAGACGACUAUUCAUCAUGAGACUAUCAAAGAGCAACGUAAAUCAAGUUUUAAAGGCUUUCUAAUUGAUGGUCCACUUAAAUACACUCCAAUCAGCUAUUCUAAUGGUAGAUUAGCACAUCUUCCUUCGCAUUAUGGUCAAUAUCAUCAUAUGUAUCGCGUUGAUGGGAAACUUAUAGCAAUGGGUGUCAUUGAUAUCCUUCAGGGAUGUGUUUCCUCAGUAUACCUGAUGUACGAUCCAGCAUAUCAAGCACUGAGCUUAGGCAAGAUCAGCGCCCUGUUUGAGAUAUCGCUCGCCGCGGAAAUGACAAAGGCAGGAGCAGGCAAGGUUGACUUGUAUAUGGGAUAUUAUAUUCACGACUGCGUCAAAAUGAAGUACAAAGCGACGUAUCAACCAUCAUACCUCCUUGAUGCAGUGACGAACGAAUUUUAUCCAUACAAAGAAUCGUCGGAUGUCUUGGAGAAGUACAGAUGGGCCUCAUUUGCUCAGUCGAAGAGUAUUAAAGUUGCUGCUGAAGACAAUAAAGACGAUCAUGGUAGUGAUGAAGAAGAGGAUGAAAACUUGCCAGUACCAUCGCCUGCUGGCUUCCUUAAUCCGCGAGAUUUGCCAAGAAGCUUGCUGAACAAUGUCAAGAUCCUAGAUAAUUCAUCUAUGAGUUUGUUGACAUACUUUACAUUACCACGCAGUUUUAGACCACAGAUAGAUGAUUUAGUUGCUGCAUUGGGUAACAAAGCCUCUAAUUUUAUCAUUCUGGUUACUUAAAGACUUAAAAAUACAUGCCGCAUUCUAUGUAUGUUAAAGGAUCUAGUGUUCUCAAUCUAUAUAUGCAUUUAGACUACCAUCAAUAUUA